UCAGACUCCUCAGCUGUGUGUCCUUGAAGAGUGACCAGUCAAUGGAUCCACCUCUUACAUUUAAAGAUGGACACUGGUCUCCUGAAAAGAAGAUCCACAUGGAGAGCCCAGAGUCCUCUGAAAGCAGCUGUGUGACCCUUAAGAGUGACCAGUCAAUAGACCCACCUCUUACAUUCAAGGAUGCCCACUGUCCUCUUGAAAAGAACAUCCACAAGGAGAGCCCAGAGUCCUCUGAAAGCAGCUGUGUGUCCAUUAAGAGUGACCAGUCAAUAGACCCACCUCUUACAUUCAAAGACACACACUGUUCUCCUGAAAUGAAGGUUGACCAGAAGAGGUCCAAGGUUUCUGUUGAUCAGUCUGCACAACCUCAUCAAACAGACCUGGAUUCCAUAUUUGCGCUGCUUGAGGAGAACGUUAUUACUUUUGUGAAGACUGAGCUGAAGAAGUUCAAGGGGGUCCUGAGUCCAGAUGACCCAAAAUGUGUGGAGAAAAACAGCGAGGAUGUAGACCCGAUUGAUAAUGUGGAGGAGGAGCACAGAAGGAGGAAUGGAGAGGCUUUUCUGAAGAUCACACUGAACUUCCUGAGGAGAGUGAAGCUGGAUGAGCUGGCAAACUCUCUGCAGAGCAGUAAGAGGCUUUGUGCAAGUUUCAAGUUUAUUGAAACGGUCAAUUACAUUUCCAAAAUUACUCUAUAUGUGUGUGCUGUAUGUUAGUGACACACUGUGGGUGGUGAUUAAUU